AUGGCAGCCGCUACCUCCGCCGUACAGCUCCGAUUUCGGAAUGAAGCUCCUUCACCGGGGCUUCUUCUUCUGAAAUCGGAAGCUCUCCUUGUUUGCUCGAGCUCCACUCUGUCUUUUAUAAGCUUUUCUUUGUUUUCUCGAUCUGCUCACCCACCUCGAUUGUUUUACUUCUUCGGUGUCAAUAACGAUGGCUUCUAUGGAGCUUUUGAGGACUGGCUUCUGGAUGCCAUCUUCCACUUCGCCAAAGGUUGUAAUUUGCUCGUUGAAACCUCUCCGCCUUGUUCUCAGUCCGUGUCGUUCGUCGUUUCCGGUGGUCAAAUCGAUGAGAUCGACGGAGCUCUUGAGGAUGGAGCCUCCUCUUCUCUCUUUCAGCCUGCUGGAAUCGUUUCACCAGAAUUUCUUCACCUCCGUGGAAAUAGUUUGAAGGCGCUGCCGCCUCCUCCUCUGAAGCCUCCGGAUCCUCCAGACUCACGGUCGUGUUCUCAUCCUCUGUUUUAUCCACUGUCAUGUACCCGUCAUUCUCGUCUUCGUUUUCGGCAUCCGUUUCCUCCACCACCGUCUUCCUCCCUCGCCACCGCUGGCUCUCCAGAUCUGGUGGUGUUCAUCGUUGGGGCUUGGCCCAUUAAGCCCUGUUUGGGUUGGAUUUCAUCCACAUAUUUGGAUUUGAGUCCAAGACCGUCGCCCGAAGUCGUUAAAUUCGUCUCCAUCCUCUCCAACUCAACAUCUUUGACAUUGUUGGACAAAGACUUUGUUCCGCCAACCGAUGAUACUGUCUUUCUCGCCGUAGUCAAAGCCUUGCUCUCCACCAAAACCUACAGUUCUACAGCCUUGCUCUCCAUCCAUGUCACGGAGUUAGAGGUAGCCGUCGACCAUAGUUUGAAAUCUCAUCUCUCCGGCCACAAUCCUCCUCCGACUGCACAACAUAGCUCGACUUUCUUGGGCUUUCCAGGAGCAGCGCAAACCGUUUCUUCUCCUCCAUCGACCCUUGAUGGCCACAAAUCCUCUUCCGCCCUGGUGUCUGUGUUUCAUUCUAUGCUAUGCGCCUCCACCACACACGGCAAGCCCUUGUACUACUCUGUUUCAGCCUUCCGCAGCUUGGAGUUUCCGUUACUGACGAACCUAAUCUCGCUGCAAAAGCUUGCUCAUUGGAGUCCUUUAAACCACUCACCAGCCCUUUACAGCAAUACAACGACAUCUUUCAAAGUUAUAUCUUCAAUCGUGUUUUGCUUCCAGCCUUCCUCCUUCAUUGUGGAUUAUGGAGUAUUGCCAACAUGCCGGAGUAUCUCCAAAUCUACAUCCGUGGCUCUAGAGUAUUGCCAACUUACCGGUGGUGUAUCUCUGAACUCGCUCCUCUCCUGUUUGGAGAAAGUCUUUAAACGCUCAUCACGAGCCAUCAUCGUUCACUUGUCUUCAACGACAGAAGAACUUGCCUUUUCUAAAGGGAUAUAG